AUGUUUUCAAAGACCACGUCUGUAACACAAAAAGCAUUGCUUGCGUCAUAUAAAGUUUCUUAUAGAAUUGCUAAAUGCAAAAAACCCCAUUCAAUAGGAGAAACUUUGGUGCUACCUGCAGCUAUUGACAUGAUAGAAACGAUGCUCGGUGAGUCAUAUGCUGAUCAACUUAAAAUCAUUCCACUUGCAGAUAAUACGGUGGGAAGACGAAUAUCCGAUAUAUCUGAAGAUCUUUGCGAGCAAUUAAUAGAAAAAGUAAAACUAUCUUCUUUCGCGUUGCAAGUAGAUGAGGCUACCGAUGUUCUUAAGAAUGCACACUUGAUAACAUAUGUAAGAUAUGUUGUGGAAACUGAUGUUAGAGAAGACAUGUUAUUCUGUAAACCUACUGAAUGCAAUACUACAGCAAGGGAAGUUUUUAAAAUCAUUGAUAAUCUUUUUAAUGAAAAUGGCAUUCUGUGGGAGAACUGUGUUGGACUAUGCACAGAUGGAGCUCCAUCUAUGGCAGGAAAAAAUGCUGGUCUACAGGCACUAGUUCGAAAGGUGGCUCCUCGUGCAGUUUGGACGCAUUGCAUAAUUCGUAGACAAUCACUUGUUUCAAGAGAUAUGGGUGAAGAUCUACUAACAGUAUUUGAAGUUAUUACAAGAGUUGUAAAUUUUAUCAAAAAUAGCCCAUUAAGGGGAAGGCUUUUCGCAAGAUUGUGUGAUGACAUGGGUUCAGAAUAUAGAUCAUUUCUAUACUAUUGUGAGGCACGUUGGCUUUCUCGUGCCAAAAUACUUCAAAGGGUGUUUGAGCUAAAAGAAGAGAUCGCCAUAUUUCUUAAGGCAUGGGAUAAUUUCGUGGACAGCCUGACCCACACAGAUUCUACUGUUUGGAGAAUUAGUAAAGCGCUCAGAAAGGAAGAGAACAACAUUGGCCCAAUUAAACAUAACAACCAGGCUUUUCAUAAAGCUGAGGAUAUUGCAAACAUCUUCGCUAGUGAUUACGGAGAUAAUUCGCGUUAA